GUCAACGUUCUCUGGUAGAAAACCAAAACCAAAAAAUAAAAAAAAAAAAAUCAGAAGAAGAAGAAGAGACCAAAUUUGGAAGAAGGAAAGCUACUAUGCUCCGUGAAGAAGAAGAAGACCGAACAAGUCGAGAUUUUGACACCAACCCAUUUUGAGGAACACCCUUUUUCUUCUGUUGUUACUGUUACUUUUUUUUUUUUUGGGUAUGGAACUUCCAUUGAUGUACUUGAAUCCUUCUUCGACGGCGUCGUUUUCCGGUAGAGUUGGACUAUGUUCGAGGCUUAGUGAUUUUCCGGCGAGGGUAAGGAGGAGAAAAAGGAGACUGAGUUUUUCUGAUGUUCACAUGGUUCAGUUCCGACCGGUUAAAGCUUCGACGGAGCAAGGGAGUAGAGAAGCUGUGGAUAGUAGAGGAAGUGAAGGAGAGAGCAGUCGAGGGUUCACGAGUCCUGCUAUGGAGGUCACUACAUUGGAUUCUUUUAAGGAUACUGAGUUUCCGGUUUGGGAGAAGAUUGGUGCUGUUGUUAGACUCAGCUAUGGAAUUGGAAUAUAUGGUGCCAUGGCUUUAGCAGGAAGAUUUAUUUGCUCAAUCACUGGAAUUGAUUGCUUGGGAGGUUUUCACCCAUCAUUAGAUGCCAUUUUAGAUGGCCUAGGAUAUGCAGCCCCUCCAAUUAUGGCUCUUCUAUUUAUACUAGAUGAUGAAGUUGUGAAGCUAUCUCCUCAUGCUCGCGCCAUCAGAGAUGUGGAAGACGAGGAGCUUCGGAACUUUUUCUAUGGCAUGUCUCCAUGGCAGUUUAUACUAGUUGUUGCUGCAAGCUCAGUGGGAGAGGAGCUUUUUUACAGAGCUGCAGUUCAGGGGGCAUUGGCUGAAAUAUUCCUGAAGGGUACAGAUCUGAUAUCAGAUGCUAGAGGAAUGGCAUCUCUGACUGGAGUUCUUCCCCCAUUUGUUCCAUUUGCUCAAGCAUUUGCAGCUGUUAUGACAGCUGCUCUAACUGGUUCCCUUUACUAUGUGGCUGCAUCCCCGAAAGACCCUGCUUACAUAGUUGCACCAGUUUUGCCAUCUCGUGCUAGUCGCGAAGAUCUGAAGAAACUCUUCACAGCCUGGUAUAAGAGGAGACAAAUGAAGAAAAUUUAUUCUCCAUUACUUGAAGGACUUUUGGCUCUCUACCUUGGAUUUGAGUGGAUCCAGACAGAUAACAUUCUUGCACCCAUAAUCACACAUGGCAUAUACUCUUCUGUGAUACUGGGUCAUGGUCUUUGGAAGAUUCAUGAUCACCGGAGAAGACUUCGUCAGAGAAUUCAACAACUUAAACUUGAAGGAAAGAAAGAAGUGAACUAUGAUCUUCAGGAUUUGGAAUAGGGAAAAUAUAUGGAGGAACUUUGUAAAUAAAAUGUAGCAGAGCAAAGUUAUUUGUUUCAGGACAGUCUACAAUACAUAGGAAUAUAAUUUAGAGUAUAAUAUGAACUCAUAUUUAAAUUCUUAUAAAGGAAAAAUAUAGAGAAUAUAUUUUACACUAUCAGUUCAUACAUUGUAACAAUGUAGCUGUAGAUGGUCAUGGUGGUGUGCCAAUUGUUUUUAUGCAAAAAUCAGUAUACAUUACAUAAAGGCAUUCAAGAUUUUUAACUUCCUGGAAAA